AACCCAAAGAGGCGCUUGUGUGGUUGCUUCGUUGGAGGCAGGGGGCGGGGCUUGCUCACAGGCCACGCCCCUUUCUCCCAAAGCGCCCCCGCCCCCCGACUGGUCCUCCUUGGUCCCAGAGGUUUGGAUCCUAACGGGAGCGAGAGGCAAGGCGCAUGCGCAGUCGGCCCGGCUCGCCCUGGCAUCCUUUUUUCCCGUGAGGAGCUGGAGGGAGAGCUGGGGGCGGCGCUGUGAGGAGAGGAGAGGCGAGGAGACGGGGCCUCGGCUUCUUCCUCUCGGUUGAGGGGAUGAGGGACCGCCUGGCGGAGCUGGCAGCGGGUACCCAAAAUGAAGAAGCGACUGUUGUUGUUGAAAAUGAUCAUUAUAUGGAAGAUUUCUUCCAAGAGGUUGAGGAAAUCCGAAAGUACAUGACCAAAAUAACAGAUGUUGUGGAAGAAGUGAAGAAGAAACACAGCAUUAUUCUCUCUGCCACACAUCCUAAAGACAAAUUAAAGGAAGAACUUGAAGAACUGAACAAAGAAAUCAGGAAAGCAGCAAAUACUGUUCAUGCUAAAUUGAAAGCCAUAGAACAAAGUUUUGCUCGGGAUGGAAAUGCUAAUCGUACAUCAGCUGAUGUCAGAAUACGAAAAUCACAGCACUCUGUGUUGACUUGGAAGUUUGUGGAGGUUAUGACAACAUAUAAUACAACCCAGACUGUAUUUCGGGAACGCACCAAGGAUCAGAUACGACGCCAAUUAGAAAUAACUGGAAAAACCACAACUGAUGAAGAACUGGAAGAUAUGCUGGAAAGUGGGAAUCUUUCUAUUUUCACUUCCGAUAUCAUUUUGGACACCAAAAUUACUAGAGAAGCGCUGGAUGAAAUUGAGUCACGUCAUAAGGAUAUUAUCAAACUGGAAUCCAGUAUACAGGAGCUCCAUAAAAUGUUCAUGGACAUGGCAAUGCUUGUUGAGGUUCAGGGUGAAAUGGUGAACAGCAUCGAGAAGAAUGUGUUGAAUGCAGUGGAUUAUGUGGAGCAUGCAAAAGAAGAGACCAAAAAAGCUGUUAAAUAUCAAAGUAAAGCUCGCCGGAAAAAGUGGAUAAUUCUCCUUGUAGUCCUGGUGCUGUUUGCGGUGCUUGCUCUAGUCUUUGGCUUGUCUUUUGGGAUUCAGUGAUGAUCAGAUAACUCCAGCAUGCAUCUCAUUUUGUUUCUCUGCAAAAUUGAUCGUUAUAAUAAUUUGCGUCUCUGUCUUGGUUGUCAUCCUUGGAAUUGUCCUGGCAGCAACCUUCUUGGAGUGACCACCAUAUUCCAUGUGUUUGGGUUCUUCUAAAUGGCACCGUGCACGGAAAGUGAGUGUCCCAAUUCUGGCAAAAAAGCCUUUUCUUUUCAAAGAAUUUUCUUUUCCAGGACUGCCCAGUAACUAUCCAUUUCAAUAGGUAAUAGCACUUAAUAUCUGAUACCUUUGAAUCUGAAUUAAAACCGUAACUAGUGUUGCUUUGUUUCUUCCAAAGACGUUUUGGGAAAACGGGUCAGCUUAACCAUGUGGACUUACUUUUUAAAGGCUGCCUUUCAAAAGUUUGCACUGUUUUGGAUAUGAAUUCUAACUUUUGAUACAUCAGUGUUACUACCAGUGUAGAAUUAGAGGGAAUUAAUAGCCCAGAAAUAUUGAGCUUUUGCAAUUUGACUUUGUUUUCUGUUCUUAAUUGAAUUAACAUCACAAUCUUGCUUUGCAAUUUCAAACAGUUGCAUUUUCAUAAUAACCAUUUGACUUCUUCAGUUCUAGCCUGUAUGGAUGUAAGUUUCAUUUUCAAGCCACUUCUACACUGGCAUAUAAUCCGGAUUAUCAAAGUGGAUAACUCACAUUAUCUGCUUUGAACUGGAUUAUAUGAGUCUACACUGCCAUAUAAUUCAGUACAAAGCAGAUAAUCUGGAUUUUGUACAGCAGUGUAGAAGGGACCUAAGGCCCUAAAUAAAUUCCCACAAUAUCUGCUUUGAACUGGAUUAUAUGACAGUGUAGACUCAUAUAACCCAGAUCAAAGCAGAUUUUGAGGGACUUUCUGACUUAAUAUUCUGAGUUAUAUGGCUAUGUGGAAGGGCCCUAAGUUAGUGUCAUUAAAACGGCAAUAUGAAGCAAACGUAUGUUCUCUUGUCUCCAGUUUUACUAACAGUUUUUAUAAAUACUUCUAAAUUGUGCAUAAUAUGAAUAAAGUAAAUGUAUAUUUUCAAUUACCUCAAAGCAACUUAGUAGAAGUGUAAGUGCCUUUUUUUUAGCACUGACUGAGUAGAUAUUUUUUAAAACUGACACGCUCUUUUAAAUAACAUUCUGUUGCUUGUUGCAUAAGUUGUAGCCUGGCUGGGACAAAACACUAAACUUGAGAUUUAUUGCUGCACAUAGGAGCCUGAAUUAAACCUUUAUGCCUAUAGCAUUUACUUCCACUUUGUAUGAAAACGUAGCUAGUCACGUUUGAACCAGAGAUUGUGGUUUAAAGCAGACUCUUGAUUAAUACAUCAGCCAAGCAUUCCAUAGUUUAGAGUUGGUUUGUUAUGAAACAGACUAGGAUUGGUUUUAUUCUGGUCUGUGGUUUGAAUAAGGUGGGCUUCAUGUAAAUUUCUAUCAGACUUGUAUUCAUUGAGGGUCAUCUCAGCCUUAUGGUUGCCUUCAAAGGGCUGUUGAAUCCAUGGAUGGAGAGUCCAUUGAUACAGAGGGCCAACUAUCAUGUUUUUACAUAGUUUCGUUUUUUUAUCCGGUCCUCAGUUGUUAUUGAACAACGACUCCCUUCACUUUUGGUUUUCCACCAUGUGUCCUGGUGAUAAUGGGAAUGACAACCCAACAGUUGCCUAAGGACAUUUGAAGUUCAAAAUCCUAUCCCCAAGCCUUGGAUCUCAAUCCAAACCCUAAUUCUCCUGACUAAACGGAACAAACCUCAGCCUUCCAGAUGUGACUGUAUCCCGACUCCCAUUUGGUCUAGUCCUGGGAUUUAUUGAUGACGAAUACAAGACUUGUAGUCCAGCAUCUGGGGGGGUCACAUCAAAUGACACGUUUAGCCAGAUUUGAGUUCCACACAUUACAUUAUACUCAGUAGGAUUCCCCCGACUAGUAGAGCCAUGGAAAAACAUGAGUGGCACAUAACUCUAAGUCUUGUACGCAGCAUAAGAUUACAUCAGGCAUGGGCACCUUCCAAGGUUGGAGGACUGAACUAAAUCCUAAAGUGCCACACUUCUCCCAUUUUUCAUCCCAAAUGGCCAGUAGUGCCUCUGAAACAGGGACCUUGACGUUGCAAGUGCAGCUCAUAGGGUCACAAUUUACCCCCCAUGAAAUAAAUUCUAGCUUAGUGUUGCUUGUGGACUGUACCAUAGGGUUGUUGUUUUGUUUUUAAAAAGAAGAUACGAGGGUUGAAUGAAAGUAAUGCCUCCACCUUCAUAACUCCUCAACAGAUGGCAGUCCUGGUAUGCGGCAGGAACUAGCUUGUUCAGUAGACUCUCCUCUACAGUUCCAUUUGGUGGGAAGCCUUAGCAUUGAACGGUUGUGUUGUUAAAGUGUGAAGUAUGGAACCCUGCGCAGACGGUUGGUCAAUGCGACUUAAGCAACGUGCAGUCUCUGAAUUCUUGACAGCAGAAGGUGUCACCCCAAAGGAGAUUCAUCCGAGAAUGCAAGCUGUUUAUGGUGGUUGUGUUGAUGUGAGUCCCUUGCGUUGUUGGGUGAGUAAGUUGAAAGAUGUUGAGGUGGGAACAUCUGACUUGCAUGACAAACAAAGAGUUGGGCGUCCUGUGACAGCAACUACCGAGUUUCACAAGCAAAAGGUGGACAGAUUGAUUCAGGAUGAUGGUCGUAUCACUCAGAGAGAAAUUUCAAGUAUAAUCGGCAUUUCACAAGAACGUGUGGGUCACAUUAUUGCAGAAGAUCUGUGCAUGAUGGGUACCCAGGAUGCUAGCGCCUGAAAUGAAAGUGUACAGACUUGAAAUUUGCUCUCUCGUUAUGAGAAUGAAGUUGACGCCUUCCUCCUUUGGGGCAACACCUUCUGCUGUCAAGAAUUCAGUGACUGCACGUUGCUUAAGUCUCAUUGACCGACCAUCUGCGCAGGGUUCCAUACUUUGCACUUUAACAACACAACUGUUCAAUGCUAAGGCUUCCUGCCAAAUGGAACAGUAGAGGAGAGUCUACUGAACAAGCCAGUACCUGCCACAUACCAGGACUGCCAUCUCUUGAGGAGUUACGAAGGUGGAGGCAUUACUUUUCAUUCAACCGUCAUACAUCCCACUGUAUAUGUUUUGGUCAGGGUUUAUGAAAUUUGUUGACACAUGUUCAGUUGCACCCGAUCCUAAGUUGUGAACGUGAAUGUACAGUAUGUGCUUGGAGUCUCCUGCAUGAACCAGUUUCUCUGUUCACUUCUUCCAUUGAAGUGAACCGAGAAACCUAUGGGGAUGGGACUGAGCCAAGCAUACCUUCAAAUCCCUGUUGUCUUCUGUAGCUUCUCUUUAAUAUUAGAGACACUUGUGCCUAAGGUCUAGUAACAGGAGUUGCCUACAGUUAAAAUGCAAAGAUCUUUAAAUAUGAAUAUAGUUUACGUUCUUGAAUACAUCAUGCAUUACAAUAGUGUAUCUGAUGCGAGAAGCUAUUAUUGUUUUCUUCACCUGGGACAAAACCAUCCUUUGCUUCUAUUUUCUCUUUGGUGAAAUAAUCGCCAUUUUUUGAUGAUGCAUUUGCAAAUACUUUAACUUUUUUGGGGAAAGGUUUUCAAGUAACAAUUUUCCAAACAUGAAUGAAGUGCCUAUUUUUAAAAGUUUGAUCCAAAGAAAGUUAGUUUUACGUUUUCUGCCUCUGGCAUGAACAUUCCCAGCUGUUAAAAAUUAAGCAUUCCAGAAGUAACCAAAACAAUGGAAUUUUAUGUCGCCUUCUCUCUUUCCUCCUUUUUUGUGUGGUGUUAAUACAGUGUAAAAUAUUUGUAACUGUACUUUUAACAACCCUGUACUUUUGAUUCCUGUCGUUUAAACACUAAUGUUGAUAUUUAUAGUUGAAAUGGUGGAAAUGAAAUAAAUGAUGUAAUGUGUGCCUUUUUAAACAA